AUGGAUAUCCAAAAGGAACAGGAGAGCAAGGAGGGAGCCUGGCACAAGGUCGGGAUGCUCUCUGAGUUCCCAGACAUUAGCCACGAGAGCAUUGGCUGCAAGAUCUUGCCCGGAUGCAAGACGAAAAGUAUUCCUAAGCCACAGGAUCCGAAGAAGUCGAAAGCAAAUCGGGGGUCCGGCCUUGAGGACCAAGUGCGUGUGUUCAAGCAUAAGGGGUUUAUGCAUGCGAUCGAUAAUCAAUGCCCGCAUUCAUCAUUCCCGCUGAAGCAGGGUAGUGUUUUUGAUAUCGAAGACGGGGCUGGCAUCAGGUGCUUUCGACAUGGCUGGCAAUUUGACUUGUUUACGGGGACUGGAGAUCGUGGCAGCCAUACGCUCAAUUUAUGGGACAUCGAGUUACGAAAUGCCCCCGCGUCAGGAUCCAUGGAGGCCUCCGAGACUGGGGACAAAGAGGUCUGGGUUAGGCGACCGCCAAGCUUGUGGGCGUUUUAG